AUGUUAUCCAAACGACUAAUUUCUUAUACCAAUUUAUUCCCACGUCUGAGAAAAUAUAAACUUAUUAUAUAUAUUAUCAUAUGUUUAAUAUUAAUAAUUCUGGGAUUAAUAGGAUAUUUGUAUAGUAUACCGAUUGUUUCACCAGAUCAACCUCAAUGUGAUAUGGUUUGGAUGUCUCCAUCUUAUGCAAAAAUACGAGCUUUUGAUGAAUCACAUAGUAAAUAUGCAUCAAAAUAUAAUCUUUAUUUAUAUCGUGAACAAGAUAUUGAUAAAAUGCCUAAUGAAAAUGAAGGUUUUACUUCAUUAGAUGGAGUACCAGCAUUAUUUAUUCAUGGUAAUGCUGGUAGUUUUGAACAAGUUAGAUCUAUAGCUGCUCGUUGUUCAGAAAUGUAUUAUAAUGAUGAAGGAAAUAUAUUUAAAAAUAAAUAUCCUCAUGCUCGAAAUAUUGAUUUUUUCACAGUUGAUUUUAAUGAAGAAUUGAGUGCUUUUAAAGGAUUACGUGAUCAAGUUGAAUAUGUUACUGAAGCUAUUUCAUUUAUUAGUGAUUUAUAUCCUGAAAAUCCUCAUAAAAAUAUUAUUUUAAUUGGUCAUUCAAUGGGUGGACUUGUAGCAAGAAUAGCAGCAGCUUCAACACAUGAUAAUAAUAAUAAUAAUAACAAUAAUAAUGUAAAUAUUAUUCUUACAUUAGCAACUCCUCAUUCUGAUCCAUUCCCAUGGUUACCAAAAACAUCAAAUUUCCCUGAUGAAAUAGGUUUAAUUUCAAUUUAUCUGCUGGUUGAUUUAAUGGUACCUCCACUGGUAGUAACACCUAAAAGUAAAAGUGAUUAUUUUUUCAGUGUUGAUGCAGCAAAAUUAUUUGGAUUACCUAUAGAUCAUCAAGGAAUAGUAUGGUGUGGUCAAUUGAGAGAAAAAUUAUCAGAAGCUUUAAUUGGUAUUAGUGGAUUAAUUACUUUACAAGAUAAAAUGAAAGUUUUCAAAAAAAUAUUUGAUAAAGAUAAAGAAAUUGGUCCAACACCAAUAUUUGGAUUAGCAAAAUUGAAAUUGAAAUUAUUACAAAGUUGGGUACAUUUAUUAAGUUUAACAAUUUUUGGAUUGAAAUGGACAAUGAUUGUUUUGAUAAUAAUUCAAUUACGUAAAGUAUAUAUAAAAUUUACCAACCCACCAACACCAACACCAGUACCAUCACACUAG